CCUAGUCUCCGCUCGCGCUCGGGAGAGUUCCGCGUCUUCUUCGUUGUUGGUUUGGGGGACGCAGCGCGCGCACGAGGCCGGGGACGCACGGUGGAUGGAUAGCAGGAGGAAGAGGAGGGGAAGAUGUCGUUCUUCGGCGUCAGGAAGAAAGAGAGAGAGCUGGAGAGAAAACUCAGAGCCAACGACCGCGAGUACAACCUCUCCUUCAGAUACGCGACGAACGCCAUCAAGACCUCCAAGUACAACCCCUUCACCUUCCUGCCUCUCAACCUGUUUGAGCAGUUCCAGAGGCUCGCCAACGCCUACUUCCUGUUUCUGCUGGCGCUCCAGGUGAUCCCUCAGAUCUCCUCCCUGUCCUGGUUCACCACGGUGGUGCCGCUGGUUCUCGUGCUGACAGUCACUGCUGCCAAGGAUGCCACCGACGACAUUAAUCGCCACAGGAGCGACAAUCAAGUCAACAACCGAAAAGUUCAAGUCCUCAUUGACAGAAAGCUGCGAGGAGAGAAGUGGAUGAACGUCCAGGUGGGAGACGUCAUCCGGCUGGAGAACAACCAGUUCGUCACCGCCGACAUCCUGCUGCUCUCCAGCAGUGAGCCGCUCAGCCUCGUUUACAUCGAGACGGCAGAACUGGACGGAGAGACAAACCUGAAGGUGAGACAGGCCCUGACCGUGACGGGAGACCUGGGAGAGGAUGUGGAGAAACUGGCAGACUUCAACGGCGAGGUCCGCUGUGAACCCCCCAACAACCGCCUGGACCGCUUCACGGGGACGCUGAGCUGCGGCGGCCAGAAGCACCCGCUGGACAACGGGAAGGUGCUGCUGCGCGGCUGCACCCUGAGGAACACCCAGUGGUGCUUCGGACUGGUGCUGUUCGGAGGUCCGGAGACGAAGUUGAUGCAGAACUGCGGGAAGAGCUCAUUCAAGAGGACGAGCAUCGACCGCCUGAUGAACGUCCUUGUGCUCUGUAUCUUCGGCUUCCUGGCCUUCAUGUGCACCGUCCUGGCGAUCGGGAACUGCUUCUGGGAGCUGAACGAGGGCUCGACCUUCACGGCCUUCCUGCCUCGGCAGGACGGCAACGAGGCGACCUUCUCCGCCUUCCUCACCUUCUGGUCCUACGUCAUCAUCCUCAACACCAUGGUGCCCAUCUCGCUCUACGUCAGCGUGGAGAUCAUCCGCCUGGGCAACAGCUUCUACAUCGACUGGGACCGCAAGAUGUACCACGCCGCCAACGACACGCCCGCCGAGGCCCGCACCACCACGCUGAACGAGGAGCUCGGCCAGGUCAAGUACGUCUUCAGCGACAAGACGGGGACGCUCACCCAGAACGUCAUGACCUUCAACAAGUGCUCCAUCCACGGGAAGUCCUACGGGGACGUGUUCGACUACUCGGGUCAAAGACUGGAAGUCACUGAGCACACAGAGAAGGUGGACUUCUCCUUCAACUCGCUGGCCGACCCCCGCUUCGUGUUCCACGACCACUCGCUGGUGGAGGAGGUGAAGCUGGAGAACCCCGAGGUCCACGCCUUCUUCAGGCUGCUGGCCCUCUGCCACACCGUCAUGGCCGAGGAGAAGAGAGAGGGGGAGCUCGUCUACCUGGCCCAGUCUCCGGAUGAGGGCGCGCUGGUGACGGCGGCCAGAAACUUUGGCUUCGUCUUCCGCUCGCGCACGCCGGACAGCGUGUCCAUCGUGGAAAUGGGACGGCAGCGCAGCUACGAACUCCUGAACAUCCUGGACUUCAACAACGUCCGCAAGAGGAUGUCCGUCAUCGUAAGAAGUCCGGAGGGGAAGCUCUCUCUCUACUGUAAAGGUGCAGACACGAUCAUCUACGAGCGGCUGCAUCAGUCCUGCAGCAAGCUGAUGGACGUCACCACGGAGCACCUCAACGAGUUUGCAGGGGAGGGCCUGCGGACUCUGGCGCUGGCCUACAAGGAUCUGGACGAGGAGUAUUUUGACGGGUGGAAGCGGCGCCACCAUGAGGUCAGCACCUCGCUGGACUGCCGGGAGGACAAGCUGGACGAGCUGUACGAGGAGAUAGAGAAGGAUCUGCUGCUGCUCGGAGCGACGGCCGUAGAAGACAAGCUGCAGGACGGAGUUCCUCAGACCAUCGAGCAGCUGUCCAAGGCCGACAUCAAGACCUGGAUUCUGACCGGUGACAAGCAAGAAACUGCGGAAAACAUCGGAUACUCGUGCAACUUACUGCGGGAGGAGAUGAACGAGGUCUUCGUGGUCUCGGGGAACUCACCGGAGGACGUCAGACGGGAACUGAGAAAUGCACUGCACUCCAUGAAACCAGAGGAGGAUCCUGUAUUUCCGCCAGAGAGGACUCUGGGUAACGGCGUGGAGGUGAUGGCAGACGAGGUGGUGAACGGAGAAUACGGCCUGGUCAUCAACGGACGCAGCCUGGCGUACGCCCUGGAGCGCAGCACCGAGCUGGACUUCCUGCGGGCGGCGUGCAUGUGCCGGGCGGUGAUCUGCUGCCGGGUCACCCCGCUGCAGAAGGCUCAGGUGGUGGAGCUGGUGAAGAAGUACAAGCGUGCGGUGACACUGGCCAUCGGAGACGGAGCCAACGACGUCAGCAUGAUCAAAGCGGCUCACAUAGGAGUGGGCAUCUCGGGUCAGGAGGGCAUGCAGGCCGUGCUGUCCAGCGACUACUCCUUCGCCCAGUUCCGCUUCCUGGAGCGCCUCCUGCUGGUGCACGGCCGCUGGUCCUACCUGCGCAUGUGCAAGUUCCUGCGUUACUUCUUCUACAAGAACUUCACCUUCACCUUCGUCCACUUCUGGUACGCCUUCUUCUGCGGCUUCUCUGCGCAGACGGUGUAUGACGAGUGGUUCAUAACCCUCUACAACCUGGUGUACACGGCGCUGCCUGUCCUGGGGAUGAGUCUGUUCGACCAGGAUGUGAACGACGCGUGGAGCUUCCAGCAUCCGCAGCUCUACGUUCCCGGUCAACUCAACUUGUACUUCAGCAAGAAGGCCUUCUUCAAGUGCGCCCUCCACAGCGGCUACUGCUCCCUGGUGAUCUUCUUCAUCCCCUACGCGGCCGUGCACGACACCGUGAGGGGCGACGGGAAGGACGUGGCCGACUACCAGUCCUUCGCCCUCCUCACGCAGACGUGUCUGCUGUUUGCCGUCACCAUCCAGUUAGGGUUGGAGAUGUCUUACUGGACGGCGGUGAACACUUUCUUCGUGUUGGGCAGCCUGGCCAUGUACUUCGCGGUCACGUUCACCAUGUACAGCGACGGCAUGUUCCUCACGCUGCCGUCAGCCUUCCCCUUCAUUGGAACAGGCCGAAACUCUCUGAACCAGCCCAAUAUUUGGCUGACGAUCCUCCUCACCUCCAUCCUGUGUGUACUUCCUGUUGUGACCUACCGCUUCCUGUUUAUUCAGCUGUGCCCCACCAUCAAUGACAAGGUGAUGUUCAAGGUGCGACAGGCCAAAGCCACGCCUCCCCCUCCGCCUCGCCGCCCCCGCAUCCGCCGCACCAGCUCCCGGCGCUCCGGCUACGCCUUCUCGCACGCGCAGGGCUACGGGGACCUGGUGACGUCGAGCCGCUUCCUGCGGCGCCCCGCCUUGCCACGCUCUUCGGGUUUCGCGCACGCAGGUCGCACCACCACCAGCUUCAGCCCCAUGGGCCGAUCGGCUGGCUACAGCCCGACGGGACGCCCCCAGAACGCCAAGGUCGCGGCUGUGGAGGUGACGUCGCUGCAGAUGUACAGGCCCAUCCAAGAUCCAGCCCUCUGACGGACGUCCGGGUACCUUCAUGAUGGCGGAGUGACCAAUGCCAGCCGGACGGCGCGGCGUGCUGCUUCCAAAGGCACGAAGAACUCACUCUGGGGACCUUUUGUUCAGAGGACUGCUCGUCAACGGAGGCUCGGGAUCCGUCUCUCGUUUGCUCGGCCGCCCCCCGAGUUCACGACUCGUGCUCCAAGCAUUUUAUUUUGUAACGUGAUUUUUUUUUAACGACAGCAAAAACGUGACGCCGUUCCGAUGGAUCUCUGAGACGUCUGAGAGAGCCGGUUUGUUUCAGGUGGGAACGACCGACAGAAGGGAAACAUUUGGGCUUCGCGAGGAGGACGAAGCGCCAUUGUGUUUACAGGCGACCCGAACUUCCUGUUCGAGGUGGUCCUGAAGCACAGCAGGCUUUGGUUCAGAGGAGGCACCAGCAAACCCAUUUUGCAUAAGAAGAUUCACAUUUUUGUAUUUUUAAGUGGGGAUUUUUAAAUUAAAUUCUUUAUUUUGACUCCAGAUUUUAGUUGCGUUCACGCAAUCGGUUCACAGAGGACGCCUUGGAGUUGAAUCAGAAAGAGUGUACACCCCAUAUAGAUCAUCAGAUACUAUUAUUUCAAAAUAUUUCUUCAGUCCUUCGCCGCAGCUUGUCUGCCAAUCAACUCGGUAGUUUCUUCUGAUUAAAAAAAGGCGCUUCAUCUCUACGAUCUUUUUCCUUCUCAAGCUCGCUGACAGUAGGAGCUUGAAACAAAUCCUAGGAGCUGCCUUGAUAUUGAAAGAAGAGGAUAUACUUAUAUUAUGCAUCGCGGGAACGACUAUGAAAAGAACAUUGGCUGAAAGAAAGAGAUGUACAAAAUAUUUUUUGUAUGCAACCCUUUUAAAAACUAGCAAUAUCUUUGAUGUGAAGCGGAUCUUUUUAAUCAGGUGUUAUUCUGAAGAUGACGGCUGGUCUUUAUUAUGCAACUUGGUCCGUGACGGUUUCAAGAAUACAAGAUAUAAUUGGUUUUAUAAUAAUAUGAUAUGUAGUAAUAUUUGAUUGCCGCCAAUAUUAUCCAUGUCUCGUUUUUUCAUCUUUUCACACAAUGCGAUUUAGUCCACUCGGUAGGCCACUGGUUAGCCCACUGGGUAGCUCACCGGGUAGCUCACCGGGUAGCUCACAAAUAUGUUUUAAAUGAUGAGUGAGCGUCAUGAGGGGAGUGAACUGCAGGACGUUUGAGAGAUGAACUACAGGCUUAAACUUUGGGAAACCGCAAAUUGCUAAAAAUAAAACAAGCAAAUAUAUAUACAAUAAAUAAAUGUUGCACAUCAAAUUAAACAGCAGAGCCUACAAGAAUCAGUCAGCCACUGAUAUAUGUUCUACCCCUACCCUGAGCCUCAUUCAACUCCUCUGGACAUGCAGAGGUAACAUGUGACAUGUGUAGGGAAGGUACUUUCAGCCUAUUGGAUUUUACAAUUCAUAAAUUCUGACACCUUUCAUGAUUCUAUUGGCUCCCAGUGUUGUCAAUCUAGUCUUGGUUGGUAGCCCUCAAUUCUACUGGCUAUAACGUUUCCAAAAAUGUGUUUUCUGAAAUCGACCCAUCCCCUGCUGAGUUGAGCUUUUUUUUUAAUGGAACUUAUUUUUAAAGAAAGUAAAAAAAUAUAUAUUUUAAGUUGUAAAAUGCUGUAUUUGGAUAUAUUGAACAUCAUGAGUAACAUAGAAGUCACAAUAUAUGGUUUGUUACAUGAGAAAAUUCAAAUCUAAAUUUGCCAAAAUGGCCGCCUUGACACAUUUUAGUUAAAAAAUAAAUAAAACCUCCCUAACUUUG